AUAGCAGCGCACCGUAAAAUAUCGCGUCGGUCACACACAUAGCGCAAGUUCCACUACCGCCUGCAGAUCUCCUCGCCGUAAGUUGCCCGUUUACGCUUAUGUCCAGCAUGUAAGGAGCGUAUACCCAGUAUUCACGCGCCCCAGCAUCAAGCGACCAUCGCUUAGCAUGCGGAACCUCAGGUUUUAGCACCAGUUUGCCAGGGUCCUACGAGCGCAGCACAUGCUCAAAAGACAAAGCGUUUCUACUUCUUCCAUGCGCUCAUCAUUCUCGUCUCGGCUCCCUCCACGAUUUUGUUAGGUCCUUUGCGUCGGCUUUCCGAGACCAUGGACGAGGGACAGCCACCACCCGAAGACGUGGUUGCCCCUCACACAGGCGCUCCACUCAAACGCCCACGAGCUGACUCGGAAAGUACGGCGUCGAUCGAGUCCAACCGCUCUGCCCGCACUUUGGCUUCGGACGAUUUGGAAUAUUUCCAUGAAAAUGGACGAACAUACGGCAACGAGACAUACUAUCUGCCAUGUGUGUACAAGCCACAUAACGAUUUCAUAGAGCAGGAUCGUUUGUCUUUACAACAUGAAGUCUUCGUUCGAGCACUUCACGGCAAGCUUACCACUGCGAAAUUAUUGCCCACCACACGAAGGAUCCUCGACUUGGGUACAGGUCCAGGUCACUGGGCUGUUGCCAUGGCGCGUCAAUACCCACAGGCGGAAGUCGUCGGGAUAGAUAUGACUGAAUGGGAUAUUGAUACCACUGAAGCCACGUUAGGCGAUGCCAGUGUGACAUGGGAGCUGGACGAUCUCGACGUCUGGGGAAAAGAAAUGGACGUUGACGAGCUGAUCAAUCAGCUCUCGACUCUCGACUUGGCUACCGAAAUGGCUCAUCGGAAUCCGGUUGAGUCGCUCAGGAAGCCAAAAUCAACAGUUGACCUCAAUCAACGUGGAGGAUCAAGUACUCCAGAAGAGUCUCUGACUAUUGACCUCUCGACUCUCACCCCCCAACCCGAACCCGGCUGGCAUUUUAGCGAUUCUUUCGAACUCAUACAUCUACGAAACAUGAAAGGCUCCUUCACUCAUUGGGAAGAAGUCUAUGCAGAAAUAUAUAAGAGCCUCUCGCCUGGCGGGUGCAUUGAACUUGCAGAUUGGGAUCUGGGCCAGGUGCCACUGGGUCCGGGUGAGAUUACAGCAGCAAACAUACCCAUGCCUACUCUUCGUAAACUGUAUGUGGCGUUUAUGGAAGCAUCGUUCAAGUCUGGUCGUCCGCUCGGCCUCUUCUACAUGCAUCACACUUAUCUCGAAGAAGCGGGAUUUGAAGACAUUCGAACAACCCACGUCAAUGUCCCAGUCGGGCGAUGGCCACAGGACGAGGCGCAAAAGUCGCUUGGUAAGAUGAUGUUUGUGUUGGGUAUGGAGAUGUUUGAACCGGUUUGCUUGCGCCUCUUGACGACAUGGGGUAGUAAGAGCAGGGUCUGGACUGCCGAAGAGGUCAGGGCAGAUAUUGCAGUGGCACAACAGGAAGUCAAAGAAUAUGUCGAGCGAUCCGAACGUGGAGAGGUGGAAGGCUGGUGUGCAAGCUUCAAGUGGGUUACUGCCAGGAAAAGCUGGCACGCUGAGAAGUGAGUUUAAUUUGGUUAUAUGAACUUGUCAACAUUUGCAUUGUACGGGGUUGGCGGUAUCGUGAGUUUAAUGUUGGUGUUACGAGUAAUGACUGCUUUGUACAUAGUACAUUUCGGCUAUGACAUGCAAUUCAACUAGACUACUCUGUC